AUCUUUUUCCUUUUUGGUUAGUAAUCAAGUCUUGCACCCAAAAACGCAUUGGGUUGCACGGUUCCACCUUCCACCCUUGGCCUCGUGUUGCCCACCCACCCCAGGCAAUUUCAACAGAAUAGACCUCGUGGCGAAACAAUUUCAACGACGAUAACCCUUUUGCUCAGCGCCGACACUUAGGCAUUAAAUCUGGGGAUAUCGCGCCUUCAGGGGAAGGCGCCGAAUACCUGCCAGCGUGGCCAGCCAGCGACAACAUGGCACUUAGGGGCCCACGAAGCAAGUCAAGUAGCGUCCAGGCGUUCGGCGCUAUCGUCUCUGCAACUUAAGGCGCGGCCGUUCCCAUGUCAGCAUGGGCAGUAGCCUUUGCAUCGGCCGCAGGAACAGCCCGGCGCUCCCCUCCGCGCGAUCCGGCAGAAACCAUGGCGCUUUUACAUGAGCAUUACGAUCAGCAUCACCGCGGGCGUAUUAUGCGGGAAGAAGCAUGGGAAUUAAGACCGUUGAAACUCCGGUCUCACGGGGCAUCAUCCAACGCCAUGCGGUAUGAUGAGCGGUACACACCGUACAUCGAGAUGACGGGCCUCCUCCCUUUCAUACAGCUUGUAACCCGGUCCACGAUGUCGUUGAACGCUACUGCAAUCACCGCGCUUGUGGACCGGUGGAGGCCUGAGACGCAUACCAUUCAUCUCAUGAUUGGUGAGAUGACGGUGACGCUCCAGGAUGUAUCCAUGAUACUCGCACUUCCAAUCGAGGGGGAACCGGUCUGCUUGAAUACCAACUCUUCGGGAUGGCGCGGGAAGAUGCAGCUUCUUAUUGGUAGAGCUCCCGCUGAGCCUGAAGACCCCAUGCAUGAUAGGGUACCUGCUGGCGCCACUUAUACUUGGAUCACGUAGAACUUCGCGCAGUGCCCCGAUGAUGCUACAGAUGCGGUGGUCCAGCAGUACGCUCGCGUGUACGUUUGGUAUGUCAUCACUAGGACUCUAUUUGCCGAUGGGGGUGGCAGGACAGCCCAAUGGAUGUGGCUGGAGGCUUUGACUCUUUGGGACACGAAAUGGAGCUGAAGCCUCAGAAGCCGACCAAGCGAUUUACACCUUCUGAUUAUGAGAAGAGAAAGAACGUUGUCUUCGAUGCUGCCGAUGAAGAUGAGGAAGAAGAGGAAGAGGCAGAGGAAGAUGUGCAACCUGUUGGGCGAAGGAAGAGAGCGAUUCGGAAAGCUACUGCACACUCAACUAGGGGUAGGAGAAAUAAGUAGAUCGAACUCUAUUUGGUUGUUUUUACUUUCGACUUGGUUGUCUUAGGAUGAUGUGAACGUUAUAUGUAGUCAUAUGCUUUUCUUGCAAAAUGCAUUAGUAAUGCUCAGUUAUUCAUUAUGAGUUGUUCUGGAAAUUU